UUUUCGCCAUUGACUUUAAUGCUAUAGCAGCAAUCUGAAGAUAAAGUUGCAGAUUAUGUGGUGGAUACCAUGUUUUCCCCUGCCUUUCAUCAUCAUAAGGACAUCUGUGGUGGCAUUCCUGAUAAAGCUGGUGCUAUGGACUUGUUCAAGAGCAAAGACCAAGCAAAUCAUCAUGAUGUUGAGGUUGAAGAAUCAAAGGAGGUCGAUGCCUAUUGUGGUCCUGGUACAUUAGAAAAUCAGCAGAAACAUGUUGAGAAGAGAACAGAAGUCGUGUCAGCAUGUGCAUAUGAUGAUAAAGUUGAUUUGACAAAUCAUUUUCAUACUCUUCAUAUGGAAUCAAAUCAUGCAAACUCAUCAUGUGGUGAUGAAUAUAGUGCUCUGGGGAACCUCUCUUCCGAAGUUUCAGCCAUAUAUCUUGCAAUGCAGAAUUCUAAGUUGGAGUGUAUUGAAGAACAAAAUCAUAGUUCAAUGUCAGCCGAAGGUUGUGUGGAGCUUGAUGAAGGUGAUGAAUUUGAUGAUUUUGAUCCGUACUUAUUUAUCAAGGAUCUGCCUGAUUUAUCGGCUGUAGUUCCAAGAUUUCGGCCCAUGCUUUUGCCAAAGCAGACACGGAGUUGCCCUUCAAUUACCCUUGUUCUUGAUUUGGAUGAGACUUUAGUUCAUUCCAGCCUUGAACCAUGUGAAGAUGCAGAUUUUACAUUUCCAGUUAAUUUCAAUCUUAAAGAGCACACAAUAUAUGUACGCUGUCGUCCUUAUCUUAAGGACUUCUUGGAGAGGGUUGCCAGCCUAUUUGAGACAAUUAUAUUCACUGCCAGUCAAAGUAUAUACGCUGAACAGCUCCUCAAUGUACUUGAUCCAAAAAGGAAAUUAUUUCGCCACCGUGUUUAUCGUGAGUCUUGCGUUUUUGUGGAGGGUAAUUAUCUAAAGGAUCUGUCGGUUCUUGGUCGUGAUUUGGCACAUGUCCUUAUCAUUGAUAACUCACCUCAGGCAUUUGGAUUUCAAAUUGACAAUGGUAUUCCUAUUGAAAGCUGGUUUGAUGACUGUAAUGAUCGGGAACUGCUUUCACUACUACCCUUCUUGGAGAGUUUGGUUGGGGUUGAGGAUGUCCGUCCACUGAUAGCCAAAAAGUUCAAUCUUCGUGAGAAGAUAGCUUCUGCAGCUUGCCUUUCUCUUGACUUCAGAAGGUGAGAAGAACAGGUAGCUUCAGAGAUGUUUGAAGGCAAACUACCAUGCGCAUCCAAGAGGUAGCAUUGCUAUUGGCUGGAGCUUUAAACUUGGCUACACAAUCCGGCAAGAUGAAGUGGUAAACUCAACUGCAUGGAGUAUGGGCUGUGUUUGGCUGCCUAUCACCCACUCUUCCCUUCUCAUUCUUUCAUGCUUGCUUAAUAGUUCCAUGUGAAAGUAGAUUAUGCACCAUAAAUAAUGUAAUUGUCACUAACAGUAAUAGGCUUUGGAAUAUCUGCCUUGCCACCGCUCAUGUAAGCCAUUUUUAUUCUUGUAGAAGCUUUGCCCUUUAUUUUUCAAUGCAGCCACAGAUAUUGUUGUUUUUGCAACCA